UCUCAUGUCAGAGAGAUACCCGUUUUUCGACUUCUUUGUCUAACCGAGCCUAGCCUAUAUGUGUCUAUACUUAUGUUAUACAGACAAUAUAUGUCGUGGUUUAAUACAGACAGAGUUGGAAGACAGGGCAUAUAACACUGGCCUACACAAGGUGCACGUCUGUCUGGCCUUGCUGUGUAUGACCGGAGUGAGCAGAGGAAUAACGCUGGUCCCCUGAGUUUCAGUCGAUAACAAAUCAAAUUAACGAUGGGUCACAACGUUUCAAAGAAAUCAAGCAGAACCACAGAGAUAAACAGCAUCUCCAUCAGACAAUCUCUGGCCAAUGGAGAAGUGGAGAUUGCGGAGCAUGGAACACUGUCUGGAAACCCGGACGCGAAGAGAGGUGUAUGGAGGUCGGAUCUCACCAAGAGUAUCAGAAAAUCCCUGAAACCUUCGGGGAAAUCCAGGUCCAAAUCCAGGACGUUAAACAAUGGGUCAAUGAACGACCGUGCCCAGCUGACCAAGCCUUCUCACGAAGAGCCCGACCUGACAUCCUCCCCUGUUACCAGACCACAGGCCAGGAGGACCCCCGUGGAAGACAAUGGUCUGGUCACCAGGGAGGACGAAACCAGAAAGUCAAAGAAAAAGAAGAAUCCCAACAGGCCAUAUCGAAGUGACAGUGUACUGGCGAUGAAGCUCUCGACAGAGAAUAUAGAAAGUCAGAAUGAGCAUAAUGAGAGGGAGGUUAUCGCUAAAACAAUUGUCACCAAAUUUGAAAAUGGCGAUGCAGUGGAAAGUGAAGUCGAUGAAGAGAAAUGCAGUUUCCAACGGUUUGAAAAACAGAGAUCAACAACACGUCGGAAAUCUCGUAAAGCUAACAAAGGAAAAACCAAUGGGAAUUCCGGUAAAACUGUAUCUAAAAUAAUCAACGGAGAUGAUCCAGUACUAAAUGGCUGCCCUGAGGAGGAGAUUGGCCGAGAACAUGGCGGGGCGCUUGAUCAGGCCAUCUUCGUGUCUCCUGCCAGACUGUACAACAUCCUCAACGACGGUGGACCAGAGGCGCUCAGAGAAAUUGAUAAAAACCACCUUGUUCUGUUUGACACGCGGGCGAUGGACGAUUACGACAGAGCUCAUAUAACAGGUGCCGUGCAAAUUGCUCUAAACCAACCAGAUUUCGGAGUAGACCUUAGUGUUCCCUACUCGUGGAUCGUGUUGUAUGACGAUGAGGGACAAUCUCAUUUCACCUCACAAAGUGUUCUGACGGCAACACUGGAUCGCUUGACUUACCUGGGACAUCGAGCUAAAAUACUACAAGGCGGAUUUCAAAGUUUUGUCAGUAAAUACCCAUUUAUGUGUCAAACGGACAAGAUGAUCAUAUCGAAUGACAUGCCACACUAUCCAUCAGAAAUCAUCCGGGACAAGCUAUACCUAGGGUGUAUAGAACAGGCAAUGGUACCCUCAGUCAUCUCAGAUCUACAGAUCGUAUAUGUGCUGAAUAUUGGGACCGAACUGGUCAAACCUGUCACAGGCGAAGGUCGUGUGAUGAACUUACAAUUCCGAGAGAACAGUAAGAAUGACUUGUUACAGGUUAUGCCACAAGUGCUAAGUGUCAUCAGUAGUGCACUCGAGGAGAAAGCCGCCAAAAUACUCGUCACGUGUUCUACGGGCAACAAUAAAAGUGCGGCGGUCAUUGCUUUGUAUCUUAUGCACAAAAAGAAAUGGCCGAUGGACAGAGCUUUAAAAUUUAUCAGCUCAGGUCGGCAGUCUGUUAAACUCUCUUCGGGCGUUUAUCAACAACUCCAGCGGUGUGAGAAAUUUGUCUUCCAGGCUUACUAGCGGAAAACUAUAGACUCAUCCCAGUAUCACUCAAUGCAUCUGCAGUAGAUCAUGUCAC